CCCGACGUACCCGGGCCCGAGGGGGGCCCCAAAAUGGGCGCCGCUCCCUGCCGCCGGCCCCCGCUGCACUGCAACGGCAUGAGGUACAAGCUGCUGCAGGAGGGGGACAUCCAGGUGUGCGCCAUCCGGCACCCCCGGACGUUUCUCAGCAAGAUCCUCACCUCCAAGUUCCUGCGCCGCUGGGAGCCUCACCACUUGACCCUGGCGGACACCGGCGUCGCCUCGGCCACGCCAACUGGGUACAUGGAAAACUCCAUUUCCUACAGUGCUAUUGAAGAUGUUCAACUGCUGUCCUGGGAGAACGCCCCUAAGUACUGUUUACAGCUCACAAUCCCGGGGGGUACUGUCUUACUGCAGGCUGCAAACAGUUACCUGAGGGAUCAGUGGUUCCAUUCUUUGCAGUGGAAGAAAAAGAUUUACAAGUACAAGAAGGUGCUCAGUAACCCCAGCCGCUGGGAGGUGGUGUUGAAGGAGAUCAGGACGCUAGUGGACAUGGCGCUGACGUCUCCACUUCAGGACGAUUCCAUUCACCAAGCCCCACUGGAGAUCGUCUCUAAACUGCUCUCAGAGAACAACAACUUAACCACUCAAGACCAUGAGAGCAUUAUUGUGGCAAUUGCACCUUUGCUGGAAAACAACCAUCCUCCUCCUGACCUCUGUGAAUUCUUCUGCAAGCACUGCCGAGAGCGCCCACGGUCGAUGGUUGUGAUAGAAGUGUUCACGCCAGUGGUACAGAGGAUUCUCAAACACAACAUGGAUUUUGGGAAAUGCCCUCGGUUGCGUCUGUUUACUCAGGAGUACAUUCUGGCUUUGAAUGAGCUGAAUGCUGGAAUGGAGGUGGUGAAGAAGUUUAUUCACAGCAUGCAUGGUCCGACUGGACAAUGUCCCCAUCCCAGGGUCCUGCCAAAUCUCGUGGCUGUCUGCUUAGCAGCCAUUUAUUCGUGUUAUGAGGAAUUUAUCAACAGCCGAGACAAUUCGCCAAGCCUGAAGGAAAUUCGGAAUGGCUGCCAGCAGCAGUGCGACCGAAAGCCUAAUCUCCCCCUCCGCCUUCUUCACACAAGUCCUGACCUGGUCUCUCAAGAGGCCACCUUGACUGAAUCGCGGCUCAAACCAGUCAUCGUCACUUCGAACGAGAUCCACGUGGAAGUGGAACGCAACAACACGGCUAACCAGAAGAUGACAGCCAACGUGGGCAAUGACAGCGAGCCCAACCUGAUCGACUGCUUGAUGGUCAGUCCCACCUGCAGCACCAUGAGCAUUGAGCUCAGCGCCCAGGCAGACAGGAUCCUCGGCUGCUAUGUUGAAAUACUCAAGAUGCUGUCAGACUACGAUGACUGGAGACCAGCCCUGGCCAGCUUGCUUCAACCUAUCCCAUUUCCCAAGGAGGCGCUUGCACAUGAGAAAUUCACAAAGGAGCUGAAAUAUGUGAUUCAGAGAUUUGCAGAAGACCCCAGACAAGAAGUCCACUCAUGUUUGCUGAGUGUGCGGGCUGGCAAAGACGGCUGGUUCCAGCUCUACAGCCCUGGAGGAGUGGCGUGUGAUGAUGACGGAGAGCUGUUUGCCAGUAUGGUUCAUAUUUUAAUGGGAUCCUGCUAUAAAACAAAGAAGUUCCUGCUUUCACUGGCUGAAAAUAAAUUAGGACCUUGCAUGCUACUGGCUUUGAGGGGUAACCAGACGAUGGUAGAGAUUUUGUGUUUGAUGCUGGAAUACAACAUCAUCGAUAAUAAUGACACGCAGCUCCAGAUCAUCUCUACCCUGGAAAGCACAGACGUGGGAAAGAGAAUGUAUGAACAGCUGUGUGACAGGCAGAGGGAGUUAAAAGAGCUGCAAAGAAAAGGUGGUCCCACAAGGUUAACACUGCCAUCCAAGUCCACAGAUGCAGACCUGGCCCGCUUGCUAAGCUCGGGAUCGUUUGGAAAUUUGGAAAAUCUCAGCCUGGCCUUUACCAAUGUAACAAGUGCUUGUGCCGAGCACCUCAUUAAACUGCCUUCACUCAAGCAGCUGAACCUGUGGUCAACUCAGUUCGGGGAUGCGGGGCUGAGGCUUCUGUCUGAACACCUCACGAUGCUGCAAGUGCUCAACCUGUGCGAGACGCCCGUCACGGACGCCGGGCUGCUGGCGCUUAGUUCCAUGAAGAGCCUGUGUAGUUUAAAUAUGAACAGCACCAAACUUUCAGCAGAUACCUAUGAAGAUCUCAAGGCUAAACUGCCCAACCUGAAAGAAGUGGAUGUUCGCUACACCGAAGCGUGGUGAACUCUCCCUGCCUCCAACUCUCUCUUUUGCUUCUGACAGGAAGGAAAAGAUUUUUAAAACAAACAAAGAAAAACAAAAUGGAAAAAAUAACUUUUGGCUAAUACCUGUAGAGCAGUGAGUGCUGGGACUUGGUGGUAGGAGUCGUGGUAUGAGGUGGAGGAAUUGUGUGUGUCAGGGGACAGGGAAGGCCUGGACCCGGCCGAAUUCUUGCAGCUUUGUGAUUUCGGAAUCAACAUAAUUUAAAUUGAACAGGAGAGAAUUAAAAAAAUGGAGGAAAAAAGAGGACUUUGUAGCAGCAAGAGGAAUAUAAAGAGGAAAAAAACACCUUUGUGGAUUUUAUUUGCCUUUGUGUUUUAUGCCGUGUGGAGAAAAAAAUAUAUUCAUUUGUCAUUUACCUGGGUUUCCUUGGCUGGCACAGUCCGAACUCCUCUUUGACCAGUUUUGCUCCAGAAAAUCAAACUUACAAAAAUCUCAAGAGAAGAAAACCAAAAGCGAUCUGAUUUUCACCCCCCCCACACCCUGUGUCCUCUCAGUUGUUAUGCAAAGUAAUUUUGUUGUACAUAAGAUUUACAUAAUGCACCUAUUUAAGAAUAUGGUUCACAAAUAACAGGUCUGGGACCUGUCUUUUAUUUAUGAAUUGUUAAUUCUUUUACCCUUUUUGCGUAUAGUACUGUAUAAACUAGUUUGCUGUCUUGUUGUUAUUAUUAUUUUUUUUUAAAGGAAAUGUCCUCGAAGAAUUGCCUUUUAGUAAUGCAGACUGUAUUAUACUCCCUCUCUGUCACCACAUUCAUCGCUUGUCUUUUUGAUUUCAAAAUGCCUCAAAUGUUAUUAAAUAGGAAGGAAAAUAUCUAUCAUAGGUAUGGUUGUUGGGGGAGGGGUUGCAGGGAUUAAUAAAAAUGAGAUUUCCUUCCGAAGUCUGGAAAACUUUCUUUUAGUCUUUUAAACCACAUCAGAUUUAAACAAGGGUGAUAGGGAAAAUUUGUCACUUAUUUUGCCAAUGGGGUAAUAACAAAACUCUGUCGAUUUUACAAAUUGCCUCCGUUGUUUUCUGUUUACGUCCAAUAUUUCAAAAAGUGAAAAAAAUGCUCUCCCUCCAUUUUGUGUGUAAGCUUUUUUUUUGCCCUUUUUUUUUUUUUUUUUUCCCUCUUCUCCGCCCUUCCCUCCCUCCCCCUACCUGUUCUGUGCACGCAUUGUUCUGCAUGUUCCUCUGGGGAGGCUGCAAACAUAGCCUUGUUGCUGAUCUGAUAGCUCUGACCUGUCUGUAAAUGUGACUGCUACGUUUUUUCAAAUUUUCUUCCACAAUUGCUUAGAAGAUGAUUUUUUAAAAAUUGUGGUUUCUUUUAUAACUAUGCUGUUGACUUUUUUUUUUUCAUAAUGAGCCUUCAUUGUACAGAGCUGCUUAUUUAAAAAGAAAAAAACAAAAACAAGUUUUUCCUCUGUUUUAACACCUUUGUUUUAUUCUUCAGCACCUCAAGGUUUCACAUACAGCCAAUGUAAUUUUUUAUAUAUAAAUAUAUAUAUAUUUAAUCUUAUUCAAUGGAAGCCAAGCUUUUUGUUUGUUUGUUUUUGUUUUUAAACUUUGUUGCUAUGUAGACAACCCCUUCCCAAAUCAUGUUUUCUUUUUUUUUUUUUUUUUUUCAUUUUUAAAUAAAUGAAAUGGAAAUUGAGUCUUAACUCAUGUAGUGUGCCAGGUUUUUUUUUCCCCUUCAAAUCCCAAACUGUAUGCAGAUACAGUAUGGGAAGACAGAAGAAAAAAAAUAAAAAGGAAGAAAAAUUAUGCCAACAUUUUCCUUAGCACUGUUGCUUUUACCAAUGGUUUACUACUACUGUUCUGUAGCUGUGUAAAAAGAGAUGUGAAAUAAUUUCAGGCAAAAAUAAACUGUAAGUGACUAUC